GUGCACAUGGGAGUAAUGUUUAGUAGGAACUAGGGUGAUAUAACUGGAGAAAUAACCAGUGGAGCUGGGGUGGUGAACAGAUGCAUCCACCAGGGACACAGGAGUGAGAGGAUGCAGCAAGCAGCAGGAAGCAAGGAAAGAGAAAAAGUGGAAGAAAAUUUCCACAGGCUGGAGCAAGAAAUACAGAAAUUAGAAAGUGAGGAAUCCCAAAUAUCUGCCAAAGAACAAAUCAUUUUGGAGAAGCUAAAGGAGACUGAGAAAUCCUUCAACAACUUGCAAAAGACUUUCACACACCAGGAUGGUGAUGCAGUAAAUUACAUUUACUCCCAGAUCCCUGAACUCCCAAUCCUCUAUUCACGAACAGGAGAGCCAGUUCCUGGGCGGGACGGAGCAAGCAGAGUAGCUGCUUUGUGCACCAUGGAAAUUAAUGUGGAGAAAGACAAACAGAGAGGAGAGACCAAGAUUGUCUCUGCUUCACCUAUUGGCCCAGAUGAGGCCCAUCAAAGAGGAUUCAAAGUCAAUGAUGAUGGUACCAAGGUAGUCUAUGAGGUUCACUCUGGUGGCACAGUGGUAGAAAAUGGAGUACAUAAAUUAAGCUCAAAGGACAUAGAUGAACUUAUGCAAAAACCUGGACAAUCAAGUGUAAAAGGAGGGUUUGAAACAAUGACUGUGUCAGACAGAAAUGCGGUAGCUGAUGGAAACCUUAGCCAUAUGAAGGAGCAAAUGCUCUUCAAGGAGGCAAAGCUGGAAAUGGUACACAAACCCAGCAAAGGGCACACUGUGAACUCUCAGCCCCAAGACAAACCCUGCAGUGGCAACAUUCCAGAGGCCAGCACAGAUCAGCCGGUUACUAUGAUAUUUAUGGGCUACCAGAACAUCGACGACGAAGAGGAAACAAAGAAAGUGCUGGGCUAUGAUGAAACCAUCAAAGCAGAGCUGGUCCUGAUUGACGAAGACGACGAGAAGUCAUUGCGUGAGAAGACGGUGACGGACGUCUCCACCAUGGAUGGAAAUGCUGCUGAGCUGGUCUCUGGCAGGCCCCUGUCGGACACAACAGAGCCCUCCUCUCCUGAGGGGAAGGAAGAGAGCCUGCCCUUGGAAGCUUCCCCAGGUGCAAGAGGAAUGGACAUGCUGCCAAGUGACCCACAGCGACUGUGCUCCUGUGAAAGCCCUGAAGCUGAGGGGAGGGCAGGGAAAUCUUCCCGAAACCCAGAGGAUGACAUCAGGUUGAAAAAAAACAGAGACCAAAACUGUGCCAAUUUGUUGGAGCCGGCUACUGUGCUUGCUGCAAAGGAAGAAAAAAUGGAAAUUCACAUUCCAGUUUCUGAACAUAAAAGCAUCACCACAGUGGCUUCACCAAAUCCUGUAGACAAUCCAACCCACUUUUUUUCUCCUGCUGCCAGCCGCAAUGGACUUAAGGACAGGCAUGAAUCUCUGGACAGUGAAGUUGCUAAAGAGAUCAGAUAUCUAGAUGAAGUGCUGGAGGCAAACUGCUGUGAUUCUGCCACAGAUAAUACCUUUAAUGGGACAUCCUCCCCUGAACCAAGUGCUGUGACCAUUAUGGAUGGCUCAGGAGAAUCUGUUAAUGUCCCAAAUGAUUCAGUACCCAGUGAAGGGGAAGGUAAUGUAGCUGACAAGCAGGCACCCAUGAUAGUUGAACCACAUGAAGCUAGUGUAACAGAUGAGAACCUGAACUCUAAUGGACAUCCAUUGAAGGAAGACAUUGGGGAGAGCCUGAAGAUGCCAGGAAGUCCCACUUCUUCAGACAGUUCCAGAAGAUCUUCUAAGGAUGGAGAAGCAACUUUUACAACCCUUAAGAAAGAGGCAAAGUUUGAACUACGAGCUUUCCAUGAAGACAAAAAGCCCUCUAAGCUCUUUGAAGAUGAGGAUGAGAAGGAAAAGUACAGGGUCCGGAAAGUGAGACCAUCAGAGGAAAUGGUGGAACUUGAAAAGGAAAGAAGGGAGCUCAUUAAAAGCCAGGCUGUCAAGAAAAACCCCAACAUUGCCGCCAAAUGGUGGAAUCCUCCCCAGGAGAAGACCCUGGAGGAGCAACUAGAUGAAGAGCAUCUGGAAUCCCACAAGAAGUACAAGGAGCGCAAGGAGAGACAACAGCAGCAAGGUGCAACACCAACAUCCCCCAGGCAGGUCAGCUGCUCCUUUGUACUACCAGAGCCAGUGAAUAUCAAGAAAGAGGAUAUUGUCACAGAGCAAAUUGAUUUCUCAGCCGCCAGAAAGCAGUUCCAGCUGAUGGAGCAUUCAGGUCCAUCUCAAGGUCAGGUCCCACCAAGGCGGUCAGGAACACCCAAGAUGUUCUCCAUCAAACCAUUCUACAAAAGCCUCAAUCCUUCACCUGUAGACAGGCCACUGUCCACUGUGACAAGACCCGUUUCAGUGCACGGGCAAACAGGACAACUUGAGGGUAGUGAUGUCACUGUUGUCAAAGCACAGAAGGUUUCCUGUACUUCAGAGGAUGACACAAAUACUCAGAGUAACACAGCUGACCCCAUGGGAGAGUCACCAUGUAGUGAUAGCUCCAGAGCUGGACAGGCCUCAAAACUGUGGGCCGAGGAUGGAGAGUUCAUGAGUGCAAGAGCAGUCUUAACAGUGGUGAAGGAUGAUGGGCAGGGUGUGCUAGACCAGCUCCCGAAGUCAGCCAGUGCCUCCUCACCUCCUGAGGAGCUCGACUCUGGUUUGGAUGACUUGUCUAUAAGGUCUCAGGAUACCACUGUUCUGGAGACCCUUUCCAAUGACUUCAGCAUGGACAACAUCAGUGACAGCGGUGCCUCCAACGAGACCAUGAGUGCUCUGCAGGAAAGCUCACUGGCUGAUUUCUCCCUGCCACAGACCCCACAGGCCAACACUCCGGCAGAGUGCAGGGAGGAAGGCAUCUCCAAAUCUUUCAGUGACCCUGGAUGUGACUCACUCUCCUCCACUCUGGCAGACUCCAUGGUGAUCGAUGAUCAGCUGGAGUACCAUGCUGGCCUGCUUGUUCAAAACGCCAUCCAACAAGCCAUAGCUGAGCAAGCAGAUAAAGCAAACUGCAAGGAAGACAAAAUCCCAGCAGAGCAAGAGAUCUCUGUCAAAGAGCAGGCAGCCACUACCAGGCUAGCUCCAGCCUCCAAGGAGCAGCAGAACCUGAUGUUUGAGCCACCCCAGGUAUCUUCACCUGUUCAAGGAAAAAGGGACACCAUACCAAAGACCUCAAAAGAGGAAGACUCAGGACUCAGGGAAGGGAAGAGUUUGCAGCAGUCGCCUGUGUACUCUGCCACCCAGCCAUUCCUUGUGGAGGAAAACAGGCAUGAAGUCAGCUACUUCAGCAAGUACUCAGAGGCAGCUGAGCUGAGGAGCACUGCCUCCAUCCUUGCCACACAGGAGCCUGAAGUGACCAUGGGCCCUUUCAAGUUACGGUCAAGGAAGCAGCGGACUUUGUCAAUGAUAGAAGAAGAGAUCAGAGCUGCCCAGCAGCGAGAAGAGGAGCUGAAGAGGCAGCGGCAAGGUCUGCAGGUGGCACCAAGCCCUGUUAUGAAGAGCACACCAGCCCUGCCCACCAAAACAGUGUCUUACAAAACCGCACCAGGAAAGAUCGAGAAAAUCAAGCCUCCUCCAUCUCCCACUGCAGAGGGCCCCGUCUCACAGCCCGACCUGCCGUCUGAGGAGCCUGUGGGAGCCCAGCGGCCCAAGAACUUGAUGGAGACCCUUUUGGAGGAUUAUGAAACACACAAAACCAAAAAACGAGAGAGAAUGGAUGACAGCAGUUACACCUGUAAAUUACUGUCUAGCAAGGUUACUUCCGAGGUCCUGGAGGCCACCAGAGUGAACCGCAGGAAGAGUGCCCUGGCGCUGCGCUGGGAAGCCGGCAUCUAUGCCAACCGAGAGGAGGACGAGUAACCACGUGGCAGCACAACGAGAGCAGCUGCGAAACCAAAAACAAAAUGAAAACAAAAUGGAAAAAAAAAAAGAGAGAGAGAGAGAGAGAGAGAAAGGAGGAAAAAUAACAACAAAAAAA